UGGAAGAGAAAAAGUUUUGAAACCCCACCCUCUCUACUGACUGUAAGCACAGACGUAGAAGUGGUUCGAGGUCCUGGCGAGUGAACACUGACCGAGGAAGAGGAGUAUGAUAAUCAGUAAUGAUGGAGUUAUGUCGCUGUUUGGAUACCGACGGUAACAGCGAGAGAACGGAGCUGGACCAGGCCACGCGCUCAACUCCAUUUAGGAACUAACGGGAUUUGUGUACACUGCAUGUUCUCUGUGGAAAGUAAAGUCAAGCAGCUUUGGAUAGCUCUUCCUGUUACAAAGUCGGCGGUUCCUUAGUUUUUGUGUUGUUAUAAAGCCCAGCUCGCAGUGUGCUUCUCAUAACAACGUAAGUAUGGAUCCCCUGGCUCACUGGGAUGCGGGAUUUCCUGCGGGAGCGCCGCAAAGUUGCGGUGAGACGCGGUUACUGGAGAUUUAGGCUUAAAAAAAGUCGGACUGGUUAGCCCUGAAACUUGUCGUAAAACACUGGUUGGCUGGACUGAAUGCUCCUUUCCUGCUAUUCUUCUCCGCUUCGCAGCGCUUCCUGCUUGUGGUGGCCACUGCACUUAAUGGCUAAAAAUACAUAAAAACUCAAAAUGGACAGCUAAUGUUGUGGGAACUGAAUUUGGAACACUUGUGAGUAUUUUUUUACAAGCUUUGGAUCAUUUUAUUUUUGUCCUUACAACUUUUAUUUCUCCCCAACCAGAACUCAACAGGUGGCAAUUUUGAAUGAGGGAAGAGAAGAGCUCAUUUAGCCAUAAUGAGGUGAUUCAAGAGGCUCUUAAAUACAGGCCGGUGAAAUGAUAAUGUGCUCAAACCAUGUUGGGAAACCACACAGCACAUCCCUUGAACAGUGAGCUGAGACAGUGCUGCCUUUCUGAGAUUUGAAACACUCAGCCAUUAUCAAACAGAAGCAAUCUCUCAACUGUAUUCUGUAUUUUCAAGUGGACGGCUUUGCAUGUAAUGUCAAGACGAAUGAAAGACACUUACCGUUCAGUUAUCUUUGAAUCCUCUCGUGAAGCCCACUUGUUGGUCGAGCUUUUGAACACAUUUCACUGGUCCCUGAUGAACCAACAAGAAAGACAGGAAAGGGAGCGAGGCGCAAUAAAGUACUCCUUUGUACUUUAUUUUCAAACCCUUGGGGUGCAAAAUCAGAUCCAGUCUAAACAUCUGCGUGAGGCUCCAUGGAGCCACUGAAGAACAUAUUCAGUCGUGGCCCGCUGUCCAACUGGAAAAAUUUGGAACAAUCACAAAAAGGGAACUUCACCAACCCUGUGUGGACCGCCUUGUUCGACUAUGAGGCGUCCUGUAAAGAUGAGCUCACCUUGCGUAAAGGUGACCUGGUGGAAGUCCUGUCUCUGGACUCUGAGAUAUCAGGGGAUGAGGGCUGGUGGGCCGGUAAGGUCAACAACAAGGUGGGCAUCUUCCCAUCCAACUAUGGCUCCUUUAAGCCAAGUGGAUACGGGAAGCUUCCGGGCACUGCAGUGGUCGGCGAGCUCGGCCCGGCUGUGAGCGAGUUUGAACCCGACGUGCUGGAUUUCCGGGAGCUGAGCCUGGAGGAGGUCAUCGGGGUCGGGGGCUUUGGAAAGGUGUAUCGCGGUACAUGGAGAGGCCGGCUGGUGGCUGUGAAGGCUGCCCGCCAAGACCCGGAUGAGGAUAUCAGUGUGACGGCUCAGAACGUCAGGCAGGAGGCACGUUUGUUCGCCAUGCUCAACCACCCCAACAUCAUUGCCUUGAAAGGCGUCUGCCUGCAGGAACCCAACCUGUGCCUCAUCAUGGAGUACGCCUCAGGUGGGGCCCUGAGCCGGGCGCUGGCGGGACGUCGCAUCCCGCCACACGUCCUGGUCAACUGGGCCGUGCAGAUAGCCAAAGGGAUGUUGUACCUGCACAGCGAGGCCAUCGUCCCCGUCAUCCAUCGGGAUCUCAAGUCGAACAACAUCCUUCUGGCUCAGCCCAUAGAGAAUGAAUGUAUGGAGGGUUUGACGUUGAAGAUCACAGACUUCGGCCUAGCCAGGGAGUGGCACAAGACCACCAAGAUGAGCACGGCCGGCACCUAUGCCUGGAUGGCCCCUGAGGUCAUCAAGUCCUCCACCUUCUCCAAGGGCAGCGACGUCUGGAGCUAUGGUGUUCUGCUGUGGGAGCUGCUAACAGGAGAGGCACCCUACAAAGGGAUUGAUGGACUUGCAGUCGCCUACGGAGUUGCUGUGAACAAGCUCACCCUGCCCAUCCCCUCCACGUGCCCCGAGCCCUUUGCUCAGCUCAUGUCAGAGUGCUGGGACCAGGACCCCCACCGUCGACCCAAUUUCAGCUCCAUCCUGGCCCAGCUGACGGCCUUGGAGCAGCAGGUGAAGGAAGAGAUGCCGCAGGACUCCUUCCACUCCCUGCAGGAGAACUGGAAAGUGGAGAUCCAAGACAUGUUCGAUGAACUGCGGGCUAAAGAGAAAGAGCUGCGAUGCCGUGAGGAGGAGCUGAAGCGAGCGGCCCUGGAACAGAAGUCCCACGAAGAGUUCCUGCGGCAACGCGAGCAGCAACUGGCUCAGUGGGAGCAGGACGUGUUUGAGCGCGAGCUCAGCCUCCUCAUCCUCCACCUGAACCAGAACCAGGAGAAACCCAACGUCAAGAAGAGGAAGGGCACCUUCAAGAAGCACAAGCUCAAGUGCAAGAACGGCGAGAAAAUCAGCAUGCCUCAAGAUUUCAUCCAUAAGAUUACGGUGCAGGCAUCCCCGGGCCUGGAGAAGAGGCGGAACUCUCCUGAUUUGGGGUCAGGCUCCUCGCCCUCCUUCGGCCCACGUUUCCGUGCAAUCCAACUCAGUCCCAGUGACAACAGCAGGACAUUUGGUCUGAGCUCGGUCUGGCCCCUAGAGGCCCCCUCUCAUAAACAAGCCAAUGGAGACCUGAGGCUGGGCCCCCACUGGAGGCCCCAGAGCCCGAAAAGUCCCAAAAGCCCAAAAGUCCUGCGUCUGAGUCCCCAGGAAAGCAGUCUGUCGAUGAGGGCCAAGCUCCUGGAGUCGGACAGCAAUGAGAAGGGGGAAUCCAAGGAUGACUUUGAGGAGUACAGACCCUCCACGCCUACCCCUCCCAUUCCCCCUGCUCAGAACGGCUCCUCAGUGAAGGACAGCCUGCGGCUUCCUCUACCUCAGCGAGACUCGGUCAGCGAGGAAGGGGGUUCCUCCCCAGCUGGCUCCCCCAGGCCUGAGAGGGGUUCCCACGGUGGCCUUAUUAAGAGCACCCACCGGGCCCUGCUGGGCAGCGGCUCCCUCCUGGCCUCCGUAGGACUAGGUCGCUGCCUGGAUAUUCCCCCAAGGGUGCCCCCUCGAACUAACCUCCCUUCCCUGGAGAGCCGCACCCCCUCUGAACCAGAGAUCUCAUCCCCUAUGCCCCUCAUUUCAGACCCCCCGGUGGUGGACGAUCUCAUCACCUUCUCCACCUCUGAGACGCUCCCCAGACCGCUCUUGGAUUUACCUCUGCAGUACCAAGAACUGAAGCCCUUACCCCUGACGCCACCUCCGCCGAAUCCUCGUGAGAGGAGCGGCCACCGGACGCCGCAGAUACCGCAAAGUCCGCAGAGCCCCAGGACUCCUCUGCAGCACGGCAGGGCCAGCCCAGGGGAAUGGACCCCAAGCUCCUAUUCAACUAACGGGGAGCUUGGCUGUGAGGCCUGGGAGCACAAAGCUGACAGGAGGAGGAGGUCCAGCCAAGGCCUGCACGCCUCUCAGCUGGUAUUGGACCUGCCCUUGUGCCAAGACACACAAGACGCCGAUGACAAACCCUCUGUGUCCUUAUCUCUUCAUCCCAACCCUGCCCUCUGGAGCCCCAAAACCCGUCGCCUGGAAGUCAACGUCAUCCCCCGGCCCCGCCCGUCCCCCAUCCGCCCCCGCAUUGACCCCUGGAGCUUCAUCUCGGCUGGUGGUGGGAACUCAGGUGGUGGCCGCAGCCCGCACCGUGUGGACAGCAGCCCUCUGGGCUACCAACCCUCCCCUACCAACCCUUUCACCAACUGUGACCCCUUCCCAUCGCCAGACUGUGACCCGUUCACCCUCAAGGCUGACCCCUCAAGCGGCUCGGACACAGCUUCCCCCUUCGACCCCUUCUCGGCUCCCUUUCCGACCUCCCGUUCUGCCCCGUGCUCCACUAAUGGCUCACCCACGCUGCCCUCAUUCCGUAUAGCGCCCAUCAACCCGGCCGACUCGCCACUCAUUGACCUUGGCUGGGCAGCCUGCAGCAAGCCCACAGAUGGCGCCAAAGAGAGAGCUCAUCCCCGCAAGACACUGGGGCUCAAGCCCUUCAAGUCCCCGACGCAACUCAGAGAUGAUAGGUUCUAAACCUGUGCCUGUGGCAAGGCAACACAGUCCAUGACCCUUUCCACUACUUUAUCCUAGCGAGGAUUUGGAAUCUUGUAAAAAAAAAAAAAAAAAAAAAAAAAAACGCACACCCAUCACUACCCACUGAGGUAGGUUUCCCCCAUGGGAGCUCCAAUCAUUGCAGGUCCUAUUUAUACACCAGCCUGCUGCUUUGGAAUCCUGAAAGCCAGUGAAAGGUGGUACAUUGGAUUGUGGGAUAGCUGCCUUUGAACCAAUAGCUGGUGCCCAUUUCAUUCUUCCUCUUUAUCUCGGUUUCUCUUUCCCUUUGAAGGAGCAGAACACAGAUCACUAGUCCCAUCUUCAGAUUCUAUCAGACUGCUCAUAUCACCUGCUUUCAUCUCCCCCCUACCUUUGAAGCAUUGUGACAAUGCAGAGGUGGAUAAGGCGACUUGCACAGCUUCAUCUGCCUCUACCUCUCUGCAGACUGAAAGCAUUCAGGACAAUGGAAAAAUUGGAGUGCCUUAUUUCGUGAAGUGUUUUUAGUAUAUAUCUUUUCAAGAUUUCUUGAAUGGUUAAUCUGGUGCGUAGGGAAGAUGCUAUGAAUUUGGCUUAAAUUUGCAAAUCAGCUUAGUGUUGCCGUGGAAGAAAAUGUCAUGUGCGUGCGUGCGUGUGUGCAUGUAUGUCUAGACUCAUUGUUCAAGGAAAGCUUACUGUUUUUGUUUUUUUAUUUUAAACAGCAGCUGCCUGUUGCAUUAUGGGAGAAAGCACUCAGAGUGGAUAUUCCAGGCCACUCAUGAAAUCCAAGACAAAUCCAUGACCCAGACAUUCCACUUGGAAGCAGAUAAAAUUCCAGUCACAUUCCCCUUGAAAUGCCAGGGAUUGGACAGAUUCAUUGGGCUGGCAGGCGACACAGUGCCGGAAACAGGACGGGGGAGCCCUCUGCAUUCCCCUCAUAUGCCAAAGAAUGCCACUGUGACAGAGUAAGGGCUGGGACAAAGAGUGUUUGCAAAUACAUUGUUUUUACCUCCAUGGAGUGCCAGACGGGUGGAGGCUGCCGCACUGGACAGCACAGAGAAAGUUGAGACGAUCACAGAUAGUAUUUAAACACAACUUAAAUAUACUUUUCUGUGGUUAUCUUAUUAAAUAUCACCCUUGCCGUCUUAUCACUACCCGUCUGAUGCUGUAGGAAGGUUCAACCAAAUACUUUGAAGUAUUUGCAAAUACUAUAAUACGUCUGUAUGGAAGCUUCAUUGAAUAUUUUAUUUAUUUGUACAGUCAACCAGAGUAGUAGUAGCCUCACAAGCCAGCCUGCAGUUUGGCAGACAUGAUUGACACUUCUCUCCUUGACCGGAUUGGAUGAGCAUUGCAUAGCUGUUAUUAGUCUCAUCUUCCAAUGUUUGAAUCAGGAAAACUUGUGGUUGUUGCGGGAAUGUUAAAUUUACCUGUAAUGAUCCACAAAAUUUAGUUUCUGAGAGAAGGAAUGAAAAAAAAAUCCAAGAGAAUAGUUUGACAUUUUGGGUAACCCACUUAUUUACUUACUUGAGUGAGAGUGAUAUGAAAAGAUUAAUGCUACGGUUAUAUCGUACCUUUCAAUAUGAAGCUGGAGCCAGCAGAUGAUAAGCUUAGCUUAGCAUGAAAGCAGAGGUAAAAAGCUAGCUAGUUCUGUCCAAAGCUAACAAAAUCUGUCUUCCAGCUCUGUGAAAUUCCCUCAUUAAUAAAUCACAUCUUGUUUUUUUUAAUAGCAUUGACUUCCUAGAGUUUUGUUUUGCCAGGAGGUUGCCAGGCAAUCAGUGAAGACUCCAUGAAAAGAAAACGAGGUGCUGAUCAAUGGAUUUUAUUGCCUUUGGACAGAGCCAGGCCAGCUGUUUCCCCCUGUUUCAACUCUUAAUGCCAAGCUAAGAGAACUGUUCUCAACCUUUUUAUGGUUAAAGACCUCUAAAUCGAUACGCAUUAGGUCACGCACCCCCAUUUGAUAAGAUUUAGCUUCAGGGACCAGGGGGCCAGGGACCAUCUAAACAUUGGUGAUGGGAAACAUGGGUCAAAACAUUUAGUGGUGAGAUGUAGGCUGGCUUUGUGAGACUAGAGAAGCAGGGCUCCUAACUCUUGUCCUUCCCAUUUUUUUUGUUAAAGGUCCAGUGUGUAGGAUUUAGGGGGAUAUAUUGACAGGAAUGGUAUAAAAUAUUCCUAAUUAUGUUUUUAGUCACCUAAAAACAAGAAUUGUUGUGUGUUCAUUACCUUAUAAUGAGCCAUUUAUGUCUG